CAUUUGUUUCCACCACGACGACCACGAGCGUCUGGCACGAUUAUAAGGGAAGCGCAAAGCUCAUGGUCUCUCAUGGCCUCGUCGUCAGCAUCUACGUCGACACUGGGCCUAGGCGCUGGGGGCGCCGCAUCGGCAUUUGAGGGAGCCGACGAUCCGAACGACUGGAAGGACGACUACGCCUUUCUCAAGGCGCUCGACAGCUCGCUCCGAUGCGAAGUGUGCUACGACAUCUUCACGGCCCCCGUGUCGCUCAAGGAGUGCGGCCAUACCUUCUGCUCUGCAUGCGUGCGCAGCUCCAUCAACCAGCCCGAUCCGUACGGCCACCACUGCCCGAAAUGUAUGGCCAAGAACGUCUACGACUCUCAGCUCGUGCCGCAGCAGGGCAUGGAGUCCGUUGCUCUACAGUGGCGAAUAGCCAGGAAGAAGCUAUUCAAGAAGCAACAGGAUGACAAGAAGCGGGAGGAGGCGUUCAAAGCCAUGGAGGAAAAAGCAGCAGAAGCAACGCCCUCGAGAGCAUCGCUAAAGAGACCGAGGAGCCCGGAGCGUUCGCAUGACGAAGCUGGACCGAGCAGCAGGCAGAGCUCGUCGCCACCCACCAAUAGAGCCGAAAAUGGACGAAUGACGAGGAGCAGGACGAGGGGGGCCAGUCCCAAGGAGACUGCUGCAUCCCAAGUCAUUGUCUUUGAGACGGACAGUGAAGAAGAUGACAGCUAUGAUCCUAGAGCGACUCGCGUGCAACGAGACAAGGGCUCACCUUCGAACGGGAAGGCACAUUCACCAACGUCUCCAAAAGACUAUAGGGAAAUGACUGCAAAUGAUCUCUCGCCCUGCCCGAUAUGCCAGCAUACAUUUACCAUUGCAGCCCUGAAUCGGCACCUCGACAAGGGCAGCUGCAGCCCAGACGAUCCGCAGCCAUCGGAUAAGGAGCGCGGCCUGACCGCGACAGAGACAAGCGGAAGCAGUACCCUAAGCGUCAAUGGUGGCGAGGGAGCAUCGACAGCAGCAGCGGGAGGAGGAGGCAGCUGGUUUCAGAAACCGCUAGGCAUGGUUGGUGUCAAGGCCACCACAGAUGGCCUUGGCAAGGGCGCGACAACGCGUAAGCGUCUGACCCGGCCCAACUACGCUCUGACAAAGGACAAAGACCUGCGAAGCAAGCUGGAGGAGCACCGACUCUCGACGUCAGGCACCCGCGAGAAGCUCAUUGAGCGGCACCGUCAGUGGGUGAACCUCUUUAAUGCGAACCUCGAUGCGAGCGCAAAGGUGCAGAAGCCGGACUCGGCACUGCGCAAGGAGCUUGCAGAGUGGGAGAGGGCACAGGACGAGGCGGCAGCGCAGAAGUCGCGGCAUGCGGCUGUCUCGUCGUCUGACAAGAGGGCCAAGGCGUAUGCGGCAGCGAAUCGAGAUCAGUUUCGGAUGCUGAGCGAGCAGGCCAAAAUGUCGCAUCUGAAGAACAAGGAGGCGCACGGUUCAGGUUCUGAAAGAAGCGAGGAAAAGGCGCCGAUCAACAAAGAGAAGAUGGACGGAAAGGAGGAAGAGGAGGAAGGUGGGAUGCUGUCCAUGGAUGUCGAAAUGGCAGAGAGGAGUGCACCGGCGCCUUCGUCUCAAUCACAGAUCGUUUCCUCCUCCUCAUAGCUGUACAAACACAUACCUGAUCCAAUACAACACAAUGAAAUAACACGGGUACAGCUGCCGUCUCACACCUGUGCUCGCAAAGAC